AUGGUUUGGGAGAACAGAUUUUCGCGCAUCGCAGCUGACGAUAUGAUGAAAGAAAAAAACGUGCUAAAAUCAACAGACAUUAAAAUCCCAUUGAAAACGCGUAACAUAACGAGGAACCCUAGAAUUUCCAUCGAUCCGUGCGUGAUGCCGCGUAACCACCGGCGCGGCGGCGAGUUUGACAUUAGGAUUCGUUACGUCAGCUGUUAACAAGCGUGGUCGCUUUCGCCGCCGUGCGAUUGCGAUCGAGAGUCGCGCGCGCUUCUUGCCGCGGCAACACCCGGGAUAAUGGGGUUAGGCAACUUCCGAUUGCGACUCGUCAUCGUCUUCGUCGUUGGUCUCCUGCUUUGGCAGACCUCGAAGAUUUGGUUGGCGUUCCUACAAGGCGAUCUGCAAGAACUUCAGGUGGGCCAAGCGGCGACAGCGUUGAGCCAAAAGGAUGACCCGACUCAUCAAAAAGUACACGUGGCCGUCUAUUACGAAACACGAUGCCCGGAUUCGCGUUAUUUUAUCGCGAAACAAUUAAGACCAACAUACCAGAAACUUCCGGCGAAUAUCGAAUUCGAAUUGAUACCGUACGGAAAGGCUUCGACGGUGAAGACAAACAACGGAUAUCAAUUUGUAUGCCAACACGGAUUCGUGGAGUGUGAAGCAAAUAUUAUACACGCAUGUUCCAUCGACGUUAUCAAGGACCCGUCGAUACAACUGCAAUUUAUCACUUGUAUGAUCGAAAAUAACGACAAUCCGAUAGGAAUAAUGCAAGAGUGCGCCAAACGCAUAUCCGUGAAUCUGGAGUCCAUACAAGAGUGCUACAGCAACGAAAAGGGAAAGGAACUCUUGGCCAAUUAUGGCAAGCUGACGAACUCGCUCGGGCCAAGAUUGUCAUUUAUACCGGCGAUUACCUUAGAUAGGAACUUCGAUCCCAAUUACCAAGCAAAAAUAUUGAAAAACCUGCUGAAGGAAGUGUGCCUGCAUUUAAAAAUUAAACCAAAAGAGUGUUCGUGAAAGAGUACGAACCAGGUACGACACUAGCGAAACAUAUCCGCGUCAUCAUCGAAUUUUGUUAUCGUGUUGUAUAAAAAAUUUAAAAAUAAAUGAAAUAUAAUAUUUUUGAAAGAAAA